AUGUCUGAUUCGGAAGGAGGGUCUUCAGUCGCCUCAGAGUGGACUUCCAGUCACUCAAAGACAGAUCGUGUCCGGGAGGAGCUUGAAGGAAUGUCUUGGCAGUUCAGGACGGCACUGGGUGCAACAUACCGGCCAGACGCAAAUGAUGAGAUGAUAGAUGAACGGAUCGGGAGGAACGAGCUGAUUGAAAAACUGGAAUCGAACCUUCUGCCUUCACUCAAAGACCACAUCACUGCGCUCUUGCUCUUACUCGACGUAGAAAAUUUGGGAGAGCAGCCACGCCGAAACCUCGAUUCAGUUUCGGAACUCAUACCCAAGAUCUAUGACACCCUGAAGAAAACAACUCUUGCUGUCGAGUCUGUUUCUGCCCCGUUCGAAGGAGUCUUCACCAGUCACCGGAAGUUGGGGCGAUGCAAAGAAUUCAGAUGUUAUCGAUUGCACACAAGAGUCCAAAUUAUUAUCACAUCACACCUUUGCCGCCUGAUCGGAAGCGGUGCGGAGUUCAUGCGAUCAUGCAGCCUCUCAUGUCAGAAUCCAGAAAGCUUGAAACAUCGGAGGAGAACCUUCGAAUGGGGAGAAAAAAUACGGACGAGAGCAGAUAGCUGCUAUCGGGUAAUCGAUCAGACAAUCAAAUGGUCCAAAAACUCCGACUUGGCUAUUCUACAAGACGAUUGGUUAGAGGCGGAAGAAUUGGUCAAUGAUACAUUGGAACAUCUAACGAAACUUGGCGAUCCAAUCACAGAUCUCAAUUACGAACGGGCUUCAAUCAACGAGCCAGAGAAGACGAUGGCCGCGAAAAAAUAUAAUGCCCAAGUUGCUAGAUUGACCAUACCAAUCGUCAAGUUAACAAGAAUCUUUUUGUAUAAAAUGUCGAAUGCGACUCCCAAGAAAGUAUCGUUUACUUUAGAUCCAGAGGUCGAUUCAAAAUCCCUGAAUCUGUUAAGUGAACGUCCAAUCGAAGUUGCUAAGCGUCUUGCACGCUUUACGACAAUCUUGGCCAAACACCAGGAAGAAGACACGCGGGUUACUCUUGAUGGAAACCGGCACUCCAAUCCAUUCCUCUCAAUCCGUGAACUUCUCGAAUCCACCUUACUUCUUCUUGCUUUCUAUCUCACUCCUUUGCCUGCUGCAGUUGAUGACCAUUCUCCUCGACCCCAAAAUCAGUUCAAGCUCUGGUUUUUUGAUCUACAAUCUCUAUACCAAAAGGCAACGGACCACAUGUCCGACACUCUUUUUCCCUCCCAACAUUUCGACUUUGAAUAA